CAUGAUGCAAGUGGUGCUGAGGCCUGAGGGUGACAUUGCGGCGUUCUCUUCAAGCCACAACUGAGAGAAUGAUUGGAACACACCGCGAAUAGGUUAACAGGAUGACCCGCGAAAGCUGUGGAAUGCAGUGACCGACUCCCGCGGACAUCUUCUUCCGGACGUUGAGUACAAGCAGACAUGAGACAUCCAGCCAACUUGCAGCAAUACGAGAUGUCGAUAAAUAGGAAGAGCUGGAUGGGGCUUGGCUUGAUGCCACUAAACAACGAGGCGAUGGAAGUGUAUAUGUACAGAGUGCAGGACAUAAAGCAAGCAGUUCUCCCGGAACACUGGCGAUCAAAGGACUCAGGAUUCCCAAGCAACAGCCCCAAGCCAGCCCUUCAUCACACACCACAAUUCCUGCACUCGCCAACAUGCACUUCUCCCUCCUCACCACUCUAACCGCCCUCGUGGCAUCCACCACCGCCCUUCAAACCAUUUAUAUCGGCAACAAGAACGAGAACUGCGGCUCCGGCUCCGUCAAAGGCGGCCGCUACGACAUCUGGUUCUCCGACUCCGACGUCUGCCAGGAUGGUCUCAUCUACGGAUAUCCUCGCUUCAACACAUGGCUGUGCGAGGGCAACUACACCCUGCUGGGUCACGAGGGUAUCUCCUUCACCGGCUGCGAGCCCCCGGAUUAUAUUGGGGAUUACAGCUUCCCGACGGGGGUGAGCGAUGACGGGGUGCCGGCGUUGACGUGUGUACCGCUUGGGGAUGAUGAGGAGUUGAUUUAUUGUCCGAAUACGUGUGGGAUUCCGGACUCGCCGUAUAGCGUCAAGCCAUGGGUCUACUGUUCGUGAUAAGCGGAGUUGGUGAUGGGCUGAUGCCAUGCCGUUUCCAAGAAGGGGAGCCAUGAUGAAUUUGAAGAUUGGAUGCUUGAGGAAUGUGCAUCUGCAGCCAGACGGUGAUAUAAAUUUAAGGACAUACAUUGCCGAACCUCUCUAUUGAAAGAAU